AUGACGCUGCGGGGCGACGGGCGGCGGCCCGACGAGAAGCUGCAGGGCGACGGGCGGCAGCCCGUCGAGGAGAAGAAUGCCUCUCGGGCGAAGGGGAUCUCUCGUCCCUUCUCCCUCCGUGCCCGCGGCGACUGUCUUGCAGAUGCCACUCCUCCUCCCAUCUCCCUCCCUGCUUGCGCUGCAGACCUGGCGAACGUGUCUCACCCCUUGCCCUUCCCGCGUAGUGCCGCCACGGAUCAGGUGAGCCAGACCCGCCAGUCUGUCGUCUAUCAUGUUGCCCAUGCCGAUCAGGCGAGCGCGACCCGCCCCCCUGCCUCCCAUCAUGGUGCUGACGCACCUCAGGCGAGCGCAACCCUCCGUUCCGCCCUCCUCCGCGCUGCCAACGCGGAUCAGGUGCUGCUGCCCUACCUGCGGACGAAGCUGCACUCUCUGUUUGCUGCCCGCCAAAGGCAGAGGCAGGCCCGCGCACUGUGGGUGGGGGAGGAAGAUGGGGGGGACGAUGGGUGGGGGGGAACGGGGGAGGAGUGGGGGCGGGGGAGGGAUGGGGGAAAUAAUGCUGGUCUGGGGCAAGGGGAUGGGGAUGGGGAUGGGUAUGGGGAUGGGUAUGGUGGGGCUAUGGGAGGUGAAGAGCGCAGUGAGAGUGGCAGCAGCCCUGGGAGCAUGGGCUCUGUUGGUUCCCUGCGUGGGCACGAACAGCUAGAUGAUGGGCUGGGGACUGAUGGAUUGAGGGACGAAACGCCAGGGGGUGAGGGUGUGGCAGCGGCCGCAGCAAGAGUUACCGACGGGCGUGCGGAGGGAGGAGCAGGAGAGGAGGAGGCGGAUGGGCAAAGGGGGCAGGUGGUGACAGGAGGGGCCACUGCUGGCAAUUCAGAUGCCAGAGGCAAUGGGGGAAGGAGGAGCAGUGCGAUUGGCAGCAGCAGGAGCAGUGCGAGGGGCAGCAGGAGGUGGCGACAGGUGCUGCGAGUGCUGCGGUGGUUGCAGCGACGGGCCGUGAGAGGGGCCGCUGCUGCGUACCCCUGGGUGCAAGCACCGUAUGAAGGCGUGUGUCUGCUUUACCAGCUGCUCUACGUCAUGGACGCCACGCCGCACUACUCGCCCAUCCUGCACCUCCUCUCCCUCUCGCUGCGCCGAGCCACUCCACAGGAGCUGGCCGAGGCAUCUUCCUCCAUCUCCACCCACCGUCAGCGAGAGUUCGAGCGCCUCCCAGGCUCACCCGCAAUAAGGGCCGUGCAAGCAGCGCUCCUGAAAGCCCUCUACUUCACCAUGGACUAUGCCCAGACGUCUGUCAUCGCUGCGGUCUUUGCCUUCAAGAUGGCCGAGUGGUGGUACCAGACAGGCGAGCAGAAGCUCAGUGCUCCCACUGUGUACCCUCCGCCACCACCCCCCCCACCUCCCAAGGUGACCCCUGCAGGCAUCCCCGUGCCUGCUGAUCGCUCCCUGUGUCCGCUCUGCCUCUGCCGUCGCACCAACCCCACCGCCCCUGCCACCUCCGGCUUCAUCUUCUGCUACCCCUGCAUCUUUGCCUACGUGGACAAG